AUGCAGGAGUUUGACAAAAACCCCAAUUGGAAAGUGGCUAGUGUUCAACAUCAUGUGAAGCAAGCACUUGAAGUUGACAUAAGUUACAGUCAAGUGUAUAGGGCAAAAAGGAAAGCUACUGACUUGGUUACUGGGGAUGAACAGCUGCAAUAUGGGAAACUUAGGGAUUAUGCAGAAAUGAUAAGAUUGACUGAUAAAGGAAGUAGGGUUAUUUUGCAAACUGAAAUGGAAGAUGAAAAUGCACAGCCGAAAUUUAAGAGAAUGUAUAUUAGGUAUAAUGCACAAAAACUUGGGUUUUUGGGAGGUUGUAGACCAAUUAUUGGUUUAGAUGGGUGCCACUUGAAAGGCAGAUUUGGGGGGCAAAUACUUUCUGCCAUAGCUAGAGAUGCAAAUGACAACAUUUUCCCAGUUGCAUUUGCUGUUGUUGAGCAAGAAAACAAAGAUUCAUGGGUAUGGUUUCUGCAGCAAUUUUCAGAUGACAUUGGGGAUCCACAGCAACUUAAUCUGGUCUUCAUCAGUGACAGACAAAAGGGCCUUAGACCUGCAAUUGAGAUGCCGUUCCCAACUUGUGAGCAUAGAUAUUGUGUGAAGCAUAUCUAUAAUAAUUUCAAAGUGGAUCAUAAGGGCUUGGAGUUGAAGGAUGCACUGUGGAGAUGUGCUGGAGCCACAACAGUGAGGGAGUUUGAAAGAAGAAUGCAGGAAAUGAAGGAUUUGGAUGUCAAGGCAUGGGAGUAUCUUGCUGACAUCAACCCUGCACAAUGGUCUAAGUCUCACUUUAGUAGUAGAGCUUUGUGUGAUUGUUUAGCUAAUAACUUGAGUGAGUCUUUUAAUGCCAUGAUUUUAGAAGCUAGGGAUAAGCCAAUUUUAGCAAUGUUGGAGUGGAUUAGAGUUAGGCUCAUGACCAAACAAUACAAAAAGAUGAGAGGUAUAGCAAAAUACACUGGAAAAGUUUGUCCUAAUAUUCAAGACAAAUUAGAGAAGUUAAAACAUGAUUCUAUACCUUUCAGUGCUACUCCAGCAGGCAGCUUCAUGUAUGAGGUUGAUAAUGGUCAUGAGAGACAUGUGGUUGACUUGGCUAAGAAAGCAUGCAGCUAUAGGAUUUGGGAUUUGACAGGACUUCCCUGCAAACAUGGGAUCUCUGCUAUUGUUAAGAACCUGGAGAGAGUGGAGGACUAUGUGCAUCCUUGUUACUUAAAAGAGACAUUUGCUGAAACAUACAAAGAGAUAAUACAGCCAAUGCCUGGCCAGUCUGAGUGGGUUAAGACUAACCAACCUGCUCCUGUUGCUCCUCAUGUGUAUAAACCACCUGGCCGACCACCAAAGCAAAGAAAAAGAGAUCUUGAAGAGCCAAGGAACCCUUAUAGAGUUUCUAGGAUGAACAAGGCAAUCAAGUGUGGGAAGUGCAAGAAAGAAGGACAUAAUGCAAGAGGGUGCAAGGCAGGCAUCACUGGUGAAACUCCAUGGCAGAGAAGAGAUAGACUUGCUAAAUCAACAGCUACUGCAACACCUCAAACUGCAUCCCAGCCACCAAGUGCUAGAUCUCAGAGUGCAUACAGAGCUUUUGAUCAAACUGCAUCUCAACCUGCACCAAACAAUAGAUCUGAGGCUGCAACUCAACCUGCAACUAGAUCUAAGGCUAACUGGUUCUCUUCACCCUCACAACCAAGCUUCCAUAUCCCUAGAGAGACAUGGGAUUCUUUACCAUCUCAGCCAAGUGCAUCUGCUAGGGGGUUUAAAGGCAGAAAGUUUCAACCAGUUGGUGGAAAGGGCAAGAAUGCAGCUGGCAAGGGCAAGAAUGCAGCUGGCAAGGGCACCUAA